AUGUCGGCAUUUGGACAGGAUAUUUGGUGGGUCAACGUCGAUGAUCUAUCCCAUGCACUCAAGCUCUUCUGGAUCGACUGUCCUGUCUACAGUCUCCUUCUCGGAAUGACCAAAGUCACAAUAAUCCUGUUCUACAUCCGUCUGUGCCACGUUUAUACGCUGUUCUGCCAAUUAUGCUGGGCAUGCAUUCUCAUCAUCAGUCUCAGCACAGGAGUGUUCAUUUCACUGAACAUCUUCCAGUGCACACCGAUACGAUGGAACUGGGAUCGAUUUGGUGGAGAAGAUGUCGACUUUUGGUGCAUGGACUUGAACAAACUGCAAUGGUCAAUCAACAUCACCAAUAUCAUCUUUGAUGUCGUUGUGCUAGUGCUUCCAAUACCGCUCAUAUGGAAAACGAAAUCAACCUUCCGUCGAAAGCUCGGCAUCGUGUUGAUGUUCAGUCUCGGAGUUGUCGUCCUCAUCGCAAGCUGUCUCAAAAUGCGCUACAACGUUCUCUACGGCCAUUCCAACAACAUAACAUGGGACUACAUGGACCUAAUGGUAUGGGCCGGAAUAGAAAGCUCUGUCAGUAUCGCAGCCCCAUGCUUGCCAACAGUUCGACUAUUUCUGCACAAAGUGUUUCCUACAUCAUUUGGGCGGAUAUUCGCAUUUGGGUCGCAUUGUGAAAGGACAUUGGACCAAGAGAUCAAGGCGGAAGAGGAGGAGGUUGCGCAGUGGGCAGCUGACGUUGAGAUGACGAGGGAUUCUGGACUUCGUGUUGCGAGACCGAGGCGAGCGGCGAUAAGUUUGGGGGAAGGGUUUGAGAAUGGAGUGAGGACGAAAAAGAAGAAGCCCAUGACGGAAGCUAGUCGGAUCUUGAAGAGCGUAGAUGAGAUACCGCUAUCACUGUAG